AUGGUCUUCCCCACACGCGGUGCCUCCGCAUCCCCAGACCCGCACGAGCAACAACUAGACACAGACAUCCAAUCCAUCCGCGCAGAGAUCCGCACCCUCCAACGCCGCAAACGCUUCCUCGCCUCCAGCCUCCUCUCCUCCGACUCCAUCCAAAAACUCAUCCGCAAGCCCACGCCAACGCUCUCUUCCAUCACCGACGAAGUCUCCCCCCUCGUCCGCGCAGCAGGCAAACACUCCGACUCAAACCACCACCGCAUCGCCUUCGGCACAACCGCCUUCCCAUUCAAAGAUCCCUCGCCCACCGCGCCAGCCGAGAGUCUCCUCGGCGUGCGGAUCGACGUCUGCGUGCGGGGUGGGCGAUUUGCGAAGCCGUAUUAUGUACUGCUGAGGCGGGUGCGGAUGCGUGGGGAGAAGGAGCUGAGGCUGAGGGUUCAUCGGCAUACAGUUCCGGCGUUUAUUGAUAUGGCGAGGGUGGAGGGGGUUUAUCUGCCGUUUCCUGGGGCUGGGAAGGGUGGUGAUCUGGAUGGUGAUUCUGAUGUGGAGGGGGAAGAGGGGGUGAGGCGCGGAAAGGUGGGAGGAAAGGGAGGAAACAAGAUCUACGUGGAUUUGUGCGUGAAUUGCGUCAAACUGGGGUUGAGUGAGGAGGGUCAGAUUGAUCCUUCGGAGCGGUUGUCGCCUGAGGCUAGAGGGGGGAUUGUGGCGUUGGCGCCUACUGCGGUGGAGGCGCGGUAUGUGCGGUUGGAAUGGGAGGAUGGGCGGGUUGGACGGUUCAAGUUGUCGAAUGCAGGUAUCGUGGAGAGAGCCGUGGUUAUCGGUGACGAUGGACGAGAUAAGCAGAUUGAGGAUGAGAUGACUGGCGGCGGAGGGAGGGUGGAGACUCUUCUCGAGCGAUUGAAAGAGCGCGGUGCCGUCGCAGCAUAG